UUUUUACAAGAAAAUGGACACAUUAUUAGUGCCUUUGAGUUUCAGAAAGAGUGGAGUGACAUUGACGUAGAACUUGAAAUACGUCAAGCUUUCCAGGGAACACUGCCUGAUGACGUUGAUAUUGAAAUUGUCCAUUCUGUCCACACAACACUGCUCAAGCCUACAUUGGCACCAGGUCAACAUUUAACUGGUUCUGUAAUCAACAGAGUCUUCAGUAACAAUAAGCCAGUGUAUGUUAAGCCAUGUAGACAAAUGUUACAACAACCUAUCAAUAAAGAGAAGCGUCAAAGGUAUAACCUUCCUGAGGAUGUGUUUAAUGAAGAUAAUGAUGAUUAUGACAGGUUGCCACAAACUCUCAAUGAAAACUCAUUUGGCACAUUGGAAGAUAAUAAUAUAAACAACCAAACUAGUCAUGUCAUGCAUGGAAAGUCAAGUCAAAUUGCUGUGGUCCUUGAUGAUGAACGAAUCCAACAACUGCAAUUGCCAAACAGUAACCAUCCUGAAGCAUCUGAACAUGAAAUUACGAGUGAAGUAGAACAGAUCAACUAUGUCAAGCCUGCUGAUACUCUUGUAGAUAUGACCCAGCACGAACCACCUAGCCAAAUAAUGCAGAAUAACCACAGUCAAAUGGACAUAGAAGAACCACUUCUCUUUCAAGAUUGUAGAGAUGCAGUCAUUGACGCACAGGGUCAGUUGUCUAACGAUGCUCAACUAACGAACACUCAGUUGGUCAAAGAAAUCGCUAUUAACCGCAAUAACGUUUUAAAGGACAUGAUCACUGCAUUUAAGGACGAAGAAGUUUUGUUUAUUAAUUAUAAUAACUUGUAG